AUGGCUUCUAUCGGCCAAAGAGCGUUUGCUCAGAAGCUGAAUAAACAUGCAGCCGCGGAUGUACGACGUCAGGUUUCAUCAACAGUAUCAUUUGGACAACCAGAAGUACCCAAGAGUCUCAGUGGAUUAAGUCUUGCUUCUGGCCAAACAGUUCCAAUAUCUGACGUCAUUGAUCCGCCAGAAUUUGAGGAUUUUGUUAUUCAGAAUCAAUGUAUGAUAGAACGAGAUCCUUUCCGGGAUUUACUGUUGUUUCCGGAAGAUGAUAUUGAGGUUCAUAGUGUGGGAAAAAGAUGUCGAACAAUAUCUCCUGUUAUCCCAGAACCAGGAGCCGACCAAGAUCCACACGUAGCCGACUGUAUUACACGAUAUACUUCAGAUUAUACAGUAGUUUCUAGAAAACAUCAAACAUACAGUUCAAGUUACUGUAGUAAAGAUCGUAUGGCCCACAGUGAUGGAAUGAUUUAUCAAGAUUAUGAAGUAGACAUAGAGGAUGCUCCAACACAGUUUGAAAGAGACAGUAAUAAACGCCACUCGAUCCAUAUGAACGAGACACCAAGAGGUAGUUGGGCCAGUAGUAUAUUUGAUCUCAAACAAUCACAGGCUGACGUCAUGCUGCCAAAUCUGUUCGAUAGAUCGACUCCCGAAACAGUCGAUAGAUAUAAUGAGAAUCAACGACAAGAAAAACGUCAGGAUAAUAUAUUUAGUCUUUAUCCACCACAAGAUGAGGAAGAGAUAAUUGAAAGAAGAACACCAGCUGAAGUUCCACGAGAACAUUUUGGUCACCGUAUUCUCGUCAAAUGUUUACAAUUAUCGUUGGAGAUGGAAGUUGAACCUAUUUUUGUUUCCAUGGCUUUAUACGAUGCUAGAGAAAAAAAAAAGAUAUCGGAAACAUUUCAUUUUGAUUUAAACUCGGAGAAUAUGAAGAGAUUAGUUAGUUUGCAUAUACCAUAUCAAGAUGUAUCAACAUUAAGUCGAGCCUGUACAUUCAGUAUAACGUACCCAUCACCAGAUGUAUUCCUAGUUGUUAGGCUAGAGAAAGUUUUACAACAAGGUGAUAUUAGUGAAUGUGCUGAACCAUAUAUGAAAGAAGAUAAAUCCGCAAAAGAAGAGAAAUAUCGUACCCAGGCCUCUCAGUUCUGUGAACGUCUGGGCUCGUACAGAAUGCCGUUUGCGUGGACAGCAAUUUAUCUAAUGAACAUAGUAACAGGGGGUGGAAGUUUAGAGAGAGAAAUGUCCGUCGACGUGCCAGAAAAAGAAACAUCAAGAGCAGCUUCCUUAGAUCGUAGAAGUGGUCAAUUUGGAAGUCAGUUCGAAGGAUUCCGUAAACGAUCUAAAGACGAUAUGUCUACGGGUCGUCGUGGAUCCAUGGAUCGGGGACGAGCUGGAUUUGAGAAGCGUAGAAGUUGGUCGCCUGAUACAUAUGGUGCCAGUCUUGAUAAUUUUAGACCAAUCACAUUGACCGUUUCAAGCUUUUUCAAACAGGAAUCAGAUAAAUUAAGUGAUGACGAUUUAUAUAAGUUUUUAGUGGAUUUAAAACGACCAUCGUCAGUUUUAAAAAGAGUUAAAUGUAUUCCAGCUGUAUUGAAGUUAGAUAUAUCACCGUGUCCUGAAGAAAUUAAAUAUUGUUUGACCCCUGACCUUCAUCGUGUCGAGCCGUAUCCAGAUGAUAAAGGUCGACCAACUAAAGAUAUUUUAGAGUUUCCGUCACGAGAAGUUUACGUUCCUGCUACUACUUAUAGGAAUCUUCUGUAUGUGUCUCCACGAUAUUUAAACUUUGCUAAUCGUCAAGGAUCAGCGAGAAAUCUGGCUGUCAAGGUUCAGCUGAUGAGUGGAGAGGAAGAGGCUCAUGCCUUACCGGUUGUAUUUGGAAAAUCAAGUUGUCCUGAAUUUGCUAGAGAAUCAUAUACAGCUGUUACUUAUCAUAACAAAUCGCCUGAUUUUUAUGAAGAGAUAAAGAUGAAGUUACCUGGAAGAUUAACAGAAGUUCAUCAUCUUUUGUUUACCUUUUAUCAUAUUAGUUGUCAAGUGAAGAAAAACGAACCAACACCUGUCGAAGUACCUGUUGGUUAUACGUGGUUACCGUUAAUGAGAGAUGGUCAAUUGGUUGUCGGUGAAUUUACUUUACCUGUAUCAAUAGAUAAGCCACCACCUCGAUAUUCUAUGUUACACCCUGAUGUUCAGUUGAAUAAUAUGAAAUGGGUUGAUAGUCACAAAGGUGUAUUUAAUGUAACAGUUAAUUCUGUUUCUACCAUUCAUCCUCAGGAUGAUUUCAUCAGUAAGUUUUUAAACCUGUCUCACUCUGCUAACGAACAGAAGUUACCCCCAAGAUUAACAGAAAUAACUUUUGAGAACGAGCUGAAGAGGAGUGUAAUGGAUUUAAUCAACGCUAAAGGCGAUUGUUUGGUUCAGUUUCUACAUUUAAUAUUAGAUAAGUUAUUAUAUCUGAUGGUACGACCUCCGGUUAUUGGCGGAAAUCUCAUUAAUAUAGGUCAGACAUGUUUAUAG